UGCACCUACCGCCCAGAGGACAGCCCCCCUCGGUGCUGCAGGUGACGGGAUGAGACUUUAGGACCACAGAAGCUCGAAGGUGUCCGCUUUGUCACUCGAGGAGAUAAGAGAUCCAGAGAGGCACCACCGGAGAGGAAAACAUGAGCCCUCGGUCUUUGGUUCUGACCUGCCUUUUCUUGCUCAUCUCUGACUCCUAUGAGUUCGUCACCAAAGCAAAUUAUUCUAGAAGCUAUCCUUGUGACGAGAGAAGACAGAAUGGCUCUGUUAUUGCAGAGUGCAACGGUCGUCGACUUCAAGAAGUUCCCCAAACAGUGGGCAAGUACGUGACAGUGCUAGACCUGUCUGAUAAUUACAUCACACACAUAACAAACGAAUCAUUCCAAGGGCUGCAAAAUCUCACUAAGAUCAAUCUAAAUCACAACGCCAACCCACAGCACCUGAGUGAAAAUCCUGAUAACAAAAAUGGCAUGAAUAUCACAGAUGGGGCAUUCCUCAACCUACAAAACCUAAACCAGUUACUCCUUGAAGACAACCAGUUAUACCAAAUACCGGCUGGCUUGCCAGGGUCUUUGAAGGAACUUAGCCUGAUUCAGAACAACAUCAUCUGGGUAACGAAAAAGAAUACGUCUGGGCUCACGAAUCUGGAAAGGCUCUAUUUGAGCUGGAAUUGCUAUUUUGGCAACAACUGUAACAACAAAACUUUCUACAUAGAAGACGGAACGUUUGAAAGUCUUACGAAUUUGGAGGUGCUGUCUCUGUCUUUUAAUAAGCUUGUCCAUGUGCCCCCGAAACUGCCAAGCUCCCUGAGGGAACUUUAUCUUAGCAACGCCAAGAUUAAAAUCAUCAGUCAGGAAGACUUCAAGGGAUUGAGAAAUUUAAGAGUCCUGGAUUUAAGCGGGAACUGUCCGAGGUGCUUCAAUGCCCCAUUUCCCUGUACACCUUGUGAGGGAGGCGCUUCAAUUCAGAUCCAUCCUCUUGCUUUUCAAACCCUGACGGAGCUUCGCUACCUAAACCUCUCUAGCACUUCCCUCCGGAAGAUUCCUGCAACGUGGUUUGACAACAUGCGUAACCUGAAGGUGCUGCAUCUGGAAUUCAAUUAUUUAGUUGACGAAAUAGCCUCCGGGGAAUUUUUGACGAAGCUGCCCGUCUUGGAAAUACUUGACUUAUCUUAUAACUACGUAAAGGCGAAAUAUCCCAAAUACAUUAAUAUUUCCCACAACUUUUCUAGCCUUAAGUUGCUCCAGGCGUUGCACUUAAGAGGUUACGUAUUCCAGGAACUUAGAGCGGGAGACUUCGAGCCCCUGAUGGGUCUCUCAAAUCUAAAGACUAUCAACUUGGGUGUCAACUUUAUUAAGCAAAUUAAUUUUACCCUUUUCCAAAAUUUCCCCAACCUCUCCAUCAUUUACUUGUCAGAAAACAGAAUAUCACCCUUGGUAAAUGAUAUCCGGCAGAAUGAAGUAAAUGGCUCUUCUUCUCAAAGGCAUGUCCUUAAGCCACGCUCAGCGGAUAUUGAGUUUGACCCACACUCAAAUUUUUAUCAUAACACCCAUCCUUUAAUAAAGCCACAAUGUACAGUUUAUGGCAAAGCCUUAGAUUUAAGCCUGAACAGUAUUUUCUUCAUCGGGCGAGAGCAAUUUGAAGCUUUUCAUGACAUCGCCUGCUUAAAUCUGUCUUCGAACGGCAACGGUCAAGUGUUGCAUGGAAAUGAAUUUUCAGCGGUGCCGCAUAUCAAAUAUUUGGAUUUGACAAACAACAGACUAGACUUUGACGAUGACAACGCGCUCAGUGAUCUGCCCGAGUUAGAAGUUCUGGAUCUCAGCUACAAUGCACACUACUUCCGAAUAGCAGGGGUGACGCACCGCCUAGGAUUUAUUCAAAACUUAACACAACUGAAAGUCUUAAACUUGAGCCACAACAGCAUCUACACUUUAACGGAGCAAGACCUGAGAAGCGUGUCCCUGGAAGAAUUAGUUUUCAGUGGAAACCGCCUUGACAUUUUGUGGAAUGCCGAAGGUGACAAGUACUGGAAAAUUUUUACAAGUCUCAGGAAUCUGACACGGCUCGAUCUAUCCUUAAACAACCUCCGGCGCAUCCCGAACGAAGCUUUCCUGAACCUGCCCCAGAGUCUCACCCAACUGUACAUAAAAAAUAACGCUUUAAAUUUCUUUAACUGGACGUUACUCCAGGAGUUUCCACGUCUCCAGGUGCUGGACUUGAGUGGAAACAGGCUGUCCUCUAUAACCAACAGCCUCUCCAAAUUCACGUCUUCCCUGCAGACGCUGCUACUGCACCGAAACAGGAUUUCCCACCUGCCCGCCAGCUUUCUUUCCGAAGCCAGCAGUCUGAUUCACCUCGACCUGAGCUCCAACCUGCUGAAGAUGAUCAACAAAUCCACGCUGCAAACUAAGACCAACACCAGUUUAGCCAUUCUGGAACUAGGUAGAAACCCUUUUGACUGUACUUGCGACAUUGGAGAUUUUCGAAGAUGGAUGGAUGAAAAUCUGAAUGUCACCAUCCCUAGGUUGACAGAUGUCAUCUGCUCUAGUCCCGGGGAUCAAAGGGGGAAGAGCAUUGUGAGUCUGGAGCUAACAACUUGUAUUUCGGAUACCCUCGCGGCGGUGCUGUGUAUCUUCACGUCCUUUAUCACCGUCACCGUCAUGUUGGCUGCCUUGGGUCACCAUUGGUUUUACUGGGAUGUCUGGUUUAUCUAUCACGUGUGCUUGGCUAAGGUAAAAGGCUACAGGUCUGUUUCCACGUCCCAAACUUUCUACGAUGCCUACGUUUCUUAUGACACCAAAGAUGCCUCUGUUACUGACUGGGUGAUAAAUGAGCUGCGCUUCCACCUAGAAGAGAGUGAAGGGAAAAAUGUGCUCCUCUGUUUAGAGGAGAGAGAUUGGGACCCGGGAUUAGCCAUCAUCGAUAACCUCAUGCAGAGCAUAAACCAAAGCAAGAAAACCAUAUUCGUCUUAACCAAAGAAUACGCCCAAAACUGGAACUUUAAAACGGCAUUCUACUUGGCCUUGCAGCGGCUCAUGGAUGAGAAUAUGGAUGUGAUCAUAUUUAUUUUGCUGGAGCCAGUGUUACAGCAUUCUCAGUAUCUGAGGCUGCGGCAGAGGAUCUGCAAGAGCUCCAUCCUUCAAUGGCCUGACAACCCCAAGGCGGAAGGCUUGUUUUGGCAAAGUCUGAAAAACGUGGUCUUAACUGAAAACGAUUCACGGUAUAACAAUUUGUACGUUGAUUCCAUUAAGCAAUACUAACUGAUGUUAAGCCAUGACCCGCCAACAUAAUAAAAAUGCGAAGCGAC